GUGCCCCGCACGUGAGGCACCAGGCUCCGUACAACGCCAUCCGUGUGACCCUCGAGCUGACGGGAUUCCCGUAACUCGCCCGGGAACCAAGGUGCAAGAAAAGGAGGAGAGAAGCCGGUAAGAAGAGGAGGAGAACCCCCUGGCCUCGUAAAGAAACGCCGCCGGAAACGCUCGCUCCUCUCUCCGCGGCAGGGGCGAUGGCCCCCGCUUAUCCCGAGAGGUUCUACGCCGCCGCCGCCUACGUCGGAUUCGGCGGAUCUACCGUCUCCUCCGCCCGCGCGAUCUCUCGCUUCCAGAACGAUGUCGCUCUCUUGCUCUACGCCCUCUAUCAGCAAGCAACUAUAGGGCCUUGUACUGUUCCGGAACCCAGUGCGUGGAAUCCUGCGGAGCAUAGCAAGUGGACAAGGUUGGUGUUACUUGUGCCCGCGGUGAAUGGUAUCUUGGAUCACAGAAAUACAAUUGGCAUGGGCUUGGAAAAAUGGCUUUCGCAGAAGCAAUGCGUCUUUUUGUGAAAAUCUUGGAGGAGGAAGAUCCUGCGUGGUAUUCAAAGGCACCUGAAUAUAUAGUUGAGCCUACUACAGGAAUGGAAAUGCAUAAGCCAAAACUAUGCUUGACCACUCCCAAUGGAAAUUCCUCUCCAAAGCCUAAUACUAUUUCCACCGAAAUUGGAGAUAUGUCAGAGACUCAAGAUAAAGAUAUUACAAUGGAGGGCCUUGGUUCGGUUACUAUGUAUGAUCAAUGGGUUGCACCUCCAUUAUCAGGACAACGUCCAAAGCCUCGAUAUCAGCAUGGAUCAGCUUUAUUGCAAGAAAAGAUGUACAUCUUUGGUGGGAACUACAAUGGCCGUUAUCUUAAUGACCUUCAGGUUCUGGACUUGAAAACUUUGACAUGGUCUAAGGUGGUGGCUAAAUCCACCUCUGAUUCUGGGGAAUCAACAGUCUCAAUGCCAGUUGCUCCCUGUUCUGGCCACUCGCUGAUUACAUGGAGAAGCAGAAUUCUGUCUGUCGCAGGGCACACAAAAAAUCCUUCUGCAACUGUUACAGUGAAGGAAUUUGAUCCGCAGACUUGCAUGUGGUCAAACAUAGAGACUCAAGGGAAGGCACCAGUCUCGCGUGGAGGUCAAUCAGCGACCCUUGUUGGAACAAGAUUAGUCAUGUUUGGUGGUGAAAAUGCAAAGAGAUCUCUCUUGAAUGAUUUGCACAUUCUUGACUUGGAAACCAUGACCUGGAAUGAAGUUGAUUAUAUCGGCACGCCUCCUUCUCCGAGGUCAGAUCAUGCUGCUGCAUGCCAUGCGGAGCGAUAUCUUCUAAUUUUUGGUGGGGCCUCACAUGCUAUGUGCUUUAAUGAUCUGCAUGUCCUUGAUUUGAAGAGUAUGGAAUGGUCCAGACCGAAACAACAUGGUGUGACUCCAGCUUCACGAGCUGGCCAUGCAGGCGUAACAGUAGGAGAAAACUGGUUUAUUGUUGGUGGUGGCAAUAAUAAGAGUGGGGUCUCUGAAACUCUUCUUCUUAACAUGUCCACAUUUACAUGGUCGGUUGUCACUACCGUCCAAGGACGUGUACCCCUUGCUAGUGAGGGCCUGAGUUUGGUUUUCGCAUCCUUCACCGGAGAAGAUGUUAUUAUUUCUUUUGGAGGAUACAAUGGGCAUUAUAGCAAUGAGGUCUAUGUUCUCAAACAGAGCUGCAAAUCAAAUGCACAGACCAGGAUAGUGGACGGACCCGAUAGUAUAACCACAAGUAGGGCUGUGGAACCUGAGAUUGAAACAGCUCAAGAGGGGAAAGUGAGGGAAAUCAUGAUGGACAAUGUUGAUCCACUGCCUGCGAAUGUCAGAAAUGUGGAAACAAGUGAGAAACUUGUAUCAGCCCUUAAAGUGGGGAAUGAAGAAUUGAGAGCAACAAUUACCAGGGAACAAUUCGAGAUGGUCCAUCUUAAGCAAGAGCUAGCUGAUGCAGAGUCACGAAAUGCAAACCUUACAAAGGAGCUUCAAUCUGUCCGUGGUCAGCUUGCUGCUGAACAGUCAAGAUGCUUCAAACUUGAGGUUGAUGUUGCAGAACUAAGACAGAAGCUACAGACCAUGGAUACUCUACAAAAGGAGCUUGAGCUGCUUCAACGGCAGAAGGCUGCUGCUGAGCAAGCAGCAUUGAAUGCCGAAAGGCGGCAGGGUUCUCGUGGUGUGUGGGGUUGGCUUGCUGGAACUCCCCCUGACAAGUCUGAUUCCUGAUGAGCUUGGAGGCCCUUUUCUCGGUCCAUGCUGGUAGCAUUAUUGUUCAUUGAAUGUAUAUUUUCAGCAUUUUCAUUCAAGUGAUGGAAGUAACAGAUGUUAUUCUUGCUUGUUUUCAUUUAUUUGUUAUUUUUUAAUUCUUAUGUCAUAUACGCAACUUCUUAAGCAUUGAUCUUUCGUUAUCAUCCAACAGUUGUAUCAUAAUGUAUGUAUUUCCUUGUAUAAAGUUGCUCAAAGUACCGUGC